AUGGUCGAGUCCUCGGACAAGUCCAAGAAGGGCAACAAUGUUCCAGCCGACGUAGAGAGGGCUCCGGCACCACCCCUCGUACUCAUCAACUCGCCAUGGCUCACAGGCGUCACAAAUCGCAUUCGCUCCAGGCCCAUCCCUUGGGAGGGGUACGCUCGAGCCGAUCUAGUAUCACAGGAUGAGCUAAAGAUGAUCCGGUCCGUCGACGGCAAGGAUCAAAGUGAGGCAGAAAAGGUGCUCGAUGAGAGGGGAGAAGAUUAUGCAGUCCUCUACCUCAGGCUAUUGGGCAAGCUCAGCAGGACCGAUACCCUGCAACAGGUGCUGGUACUGAUUGGUGAUAUGCUCGAGGGUCGGGAUGACAGGGUGGGUCUCUUCUUCAAGGCUGCAAAGAAAGCCAAGGAGUCAAAGAAGGGCAAAGGAGAGGAUGUCGCUUGGCCAUGGGCACCUCUGAUCAAAGUCCUGGAUGUUGCCGAUGACUUUGCUCAGCUCAAGGCAGCCCAAUUCUUGACCCUCCUCUUGGUCGCGCCGAACACCUCGCACUCUUCCACACUCACUACUGCCCCUACAUCCGUCAUCACUCGCCUUCUCACCUUCCUCUCCAAGCUCAUCAACUCCACGACGUCUUCGGGCGAGUCCACACCAGCUGCUGGCGCCGGUCUGCUUAGGCCCCCAACAUCCGGCGAUAUCUACGCAGACGGCAAUGGAGCAGACAUCGCAAUUCAGCUGCUCGAGUCACUGCUCAGGACACAGCAGUUUAGACAAGAAGUCUGGAAGGAUGAGAUGCGCCGACAGAGCGAGACACCCACUACGGAAGAGAAAGAGGUCAAGAAAGACGAUGAGGACAAGGAGAAUGAGGAAGACGAGACACAGAAGAAGAAGAUCAAGCACGGCCAGAGCCCCGGGCUCAUCAGAGGUCUAGUAUACAUCCUGCAGGCUGCCUUAGUGGCUCCUCAAGGGGCACAGUCGUCCACACCGUCAUCUAGCAACGGCAACGGCAAUGGCAACGACGAGCAAGGCGAGGGCUCAUCGUCACGUGGUUCUGGCAACGCCAAGUCGUCGCCAGUGACCCCACAAAUGCAGUACCAGGUCAUCUUCUGCUUCUGGCUCUUGUCUUUCUCCGAGUCGAUCUCGGAGGACAUCAAUCGCAAAUUCUCCAUUGUCCCUCUACUCGUCGAUAUUGCUCGAGGCGCAGUCAAGGAGAAGGUGAUCCGCAUCACAAUCGCCACUCUGAAGAAUCUUCUGCUCAAGGCGCCGAGUGAGAACGGCCCUGUGAUGCUGGGCAGCAAGCUUUUGCCCCUGGUGGAGAUUCUGAGCGAGCGGAAAUGGAGUGACGAGGAGCUCGAGGAAGAUCUCAAGUUCCUCGCCUCGGAAUUGGAGGAGAAGCUCAAGGGCAUGAGCAGCUACGACGAAUAUCUAUCUGAAUUGUCUUCGGGCAAAUUGUCCUGGGACAACCCAGCCCAUGAGCUGGACGACUUUUGGAAGGCCAAUGGCCAGAAGCUCCUCGAGCCCGGUAGCUCUUCGGGCACAUCUGAGGAGGCCUCUGCCGACAAUAAGAAGGAUGCCGAGGAGGACGAGGAUCAAGAUGGAGAAAAGACGCCCAGGACUGGCCUCACUCGGCUGAUCAGCCUGCUGAAGACUUCAUCGGAUGCAGUCACGCUUUCCGUCGCCCUGCACGACAUUGGCAAGCUGAUCCAGUUUACCGAGUCUGGCAGGCGGCGGGUGAAUGAGACAAGGGGUGGCAAAGUGGAGAUUAUGAAGUUCAUCAGCCACGAAGAUUCCGAAGUCAAGUACCGAGCGCUGAACACCGUCGGCAAACUGAUGAGCGAGAGCUGGAGAUGAGGUGGAGGUGAGGUGUGUGUGGAGUAGAUCCUCCGACGAAAGACGCAGUCUAUGGGGCUGGCAGGACAGUGCCCUGUUGUAAGCAGAUCGGUGAUUGAUUGUGAAUGUAAAGCCUCCUGGAAUGAUUCCCUUUCUACCCACCCGCCUGUUCGCCCGUCCGCCCGCUCGCUCUGUCCCAUACCGACUGCUGACACUGUGACUCCCAAGCCUCUUAGCUCAUCUUGAUCUUCCCCCCAGUCCUAGGCAGUGAUUUUGAGCGGAAGGAUCCACUGUGGAGUGGGAAUGAGAAUAAGGCGAGGCUUGACUGAAUGACCGACCGACUGGGAAGCUGACUGUCAAUCACACU